AAGAUGUAGCUGUGUAGUCUACCUCUCCAUAGCUGCUUUAGGGGGGCUGGCAACGUGGCUCAGCAGGCUUGCCCCAGAGCCAUGGCAAAGAAUGGACUUGUAAUUUGCAUCCUGGUGAUCACCUUACUCCUGGACCAGACCACCAGCCACGCGUCCAGAUUAAAAGCCCGGAAGCACAGCAAACGUCGAGUGAGAGACAAGGAUGGAGAUCUGCAGACUCAAAUUGAAAAGCUCUGGACAGAAGUCAAUGCCUUGAAGGAAAUGCAAGCCCUGCAGACAGUCUGUCUCCGAGGCACUAAAGUUCACAAGAAAUGCUACCUUGCUUCAGAAGGCUUGAAGCAUUUCCAUGAGGCCAAUGAAGACUGCAUUUCCAAAGGAGGAAUCCUGGUUAUCCCCAGGAACUCCGACGAAAUCAACGCCCUCCAAGACUAUGGUAAAAGGAGCCUGCCAGGUGUCAAUGACUUUUGGCUGGGCAUCAAUGACAUGGUCACGGAAGGCAAGUUUGUUGAUGUCAACGGAAUCGCUAUCUCCUUCCUCAACUGGGACCGUGCACAGCCUAACGGUGGCAAGCGGGAAAACUGUGUCCUGUUCUCCCAAUCAGCUCAGGGCAAGUGGAGUGAUGAGGCCUGUCGCAGCAGCAAGAGGUACAUAUGCGAGUUCACCAUCCCUCAAUAGGCCUUUCUCCAAUGUGUCCUCCAAGCAAGAUUCAUCAUAACUUAUAGGUUGAUGAUCUCUAAGGACAAGUAAAAAUUGUAAUUUUUACUUAUUAAAAAAUUGCAACACAGGAUCAAUGUCCAUAGCAAUAUGACAGCGUCAGCCAAUUUUGCUAACACAUUUCUUUGGGAUUUUGCCCUUCCUGGGGUAUAGGGAAUCAGAAAUAUUGAUCCAUGUGCAUGCAGAUAAAAUGGCUUAUGCUAAACAGACUAAAAUCUCUCUCUAGUCUUUCUCACUUGUAUAAACCCAGUCUGUUUUCAAAAAAUCACAGUAGCAAUGCAUCUCAUCACUCUAGAAAAGCAAGCUUAGGCUACCUGAAAGAUUUUCCCUUGGAAGUUUAGCAUAUAUUUGAUUAACAAGAAUUCCCUAAAUCAGAGACUCUAGGUGCUAUGUAAUCCAAAAACUUUUCAGCCUGUUGCUCAUUCUGUCCCAUGCUGGCAAUAAUACCUUGUUAGCCCAUUACCCUUUUUUUGGAUUGCUCCAUCUCCUGGUGGGACUUGUAUCUUGUCUGCCAUAUCAGAACACAAAUCCCUGAAGAGGUUCUGAUUUUUUUUUUUUCUUCAUGCCUACCCCUUUUUUGGAAGUUUCCAGCCGCAAUUUGAAAGGAAAUGACAAGGUGUAUAUUUGAUCAACUUUUCAUUCCCACCAUUGCAUUACAACCUCUAACUUAAAUGGGUAAUCCUAAGGCAGAUCAAAGAAGCAGAUUGCAUGAUAAAGGGAAAUAGAAAAAAAGAACCUACAUUUAUUUUGCUUUAGCAUCCUUACUCUCACCUUUUAUGAGACUGAGAGUGGACUUACGUUUCCUUUUUUACAUUUUUGUAUACUUAAUUUUUUUUAGCCAUCAUUAUAUAUUUAAGUCUAUUAUGGGCAACCAAUCUUUGGAAGCUGAAAACUGAAUUUAAAGAAUGCUAUCUUGGAAAAUUGCACACGUCUAUGCAAUUUUUUAUUCUGCCAAGUGCUAUUCUGCUUGUUUAACUACAUUGUACAAAAUAACUUCAUUGCUUAAUAUUAAAUUAAAAAGUUUAGACUUGGAGGGAAAUGGGCUUUUUAGAAGCAAACAAUUUUAAAUAUAUUCUGUUCUUCAAAUAAAUCGUUUUUAAACACUGAAUGUGUUUUGUGAACAAUAUCCCACUUUGCAAACUUCAACUGCACAUGCUUGGAAUUAAGUGUUAGCUCUUUUCAUUGCUCAAUAAUAAAGCCUGAAUUCUGAUCAAUA